AUGCCUCGUCGGAAGAACACCCGGAAUUCACAUCAUGGGUGUUUGCAAUGUAAGCGACGAGGUGUCAAGUGUGAUGAGAGGCGACCUCAAUGCACUAAAUGCGAGGACCGUCUAGAGGCAUGUCAAUAUGAGUCCUCCGGUUCUUGGUUGUGGACGGUCCCUGCCGCUGCCCAGCACAAACCUACACAAUACUCAGAGGUAGAAUUUUGUUCGCCUCUUUCAUCGUCUGAUUACAACGUAACAGACGCAUCUCGAAUGGUCCAUAUUUCUCCAGUCUUUACCGGAGACACGGAAGAUCUCUGCUCCAGGUUGUUUGUGCACUGGAAAACAACGACAGCCCCCAGUAUAUCCAGGAACAACUCUGACCUUCAGAUAUGGCAGACUGUUGUUCCCAACGAGGCAAAGUCUAACCGAUGUCUGCUGCAUGGCAUAUUUGCGGUCUCGGCGAUUCAUCUUGCGCUCAUCAAUCCGCAGGACACUGACCGCGCGAAGUGGAUCAAAGUCGCCGAAGAGCACCAGAGUACAGCCAUCGGUUUAUUCACGAGCACUAUGGAAGACAGGGAUAAGUCGUCAGACGUCAGUAACUUUCUGCUCUCCAGUUUGUUGAUUGGAUUUGCCUUUGCUUUUCCUGUCGCUGUGUCUGGACCAAGCCAGGAAAUCUCCGAUCCUCUGGGCGAAUUACUCCAGAUCAUUUCCCUCGUGAAGUCAACCAUGAGAUUCUCGGCUCCUUUGCUCACGGAUACCAUGACCAAGGAAAUGAUUAUGUUAACCUACGUGGAAGACUCCAGCCCAACUUUAUCUGACUCCUCCCGUUCAGCAAUUUUGAAAUUAUAUGAGCUCAUAAACACCAGCGUGUCCAAUGUUGAUCAAAAUGCUUUCCGGUCGACCAUCCAUCCCCUCGAACAUUUGUUCGCUACUUUGGACAGCGGCGCAGAGCCGGUUUCGAAAGCAUUCAUGUGGAUCAGUGAACUUGAUUCGUGGUACUUGGACCUGUUGAAUGCGCGCCAUACAUUCGCUUUGGUAAUAUUUGCACACUACUGCGUUGUGCUUCACCGGCUAAGAUGGCUUUGGUGGAUUUCAUCCUGGGGGCAGCGGGUGCUUUCUGUGCUUAGUCGGGAACUGGAUUCGGAAUGGAAACCUCUCAUAGCCUGGUCUUUACAAGCAACCGGUCUUGAGGGCUUGGGGACAUGA